AAGCAUACCGGUCAGAAGACACUUUAUAGGUAACGAGUGUGUGAAGAGAAGAGGAAAAGUCCUGCUGUUUACAUCACCCAAGUGUUUGUUCAUCAUUCUGAUGAUUAAUGGUUAACCGGACAUAAUUGCUAGCGAGAACCAUUUCAAGGUAGGAAACCGAAAUUUCAAUUAGAGGGUUUAAAAUUUUAAUGACAAAGCCCAAACCCAUUUUAGGAACUUUAUAAAAAAGAUCAAAUCUUGGGCUUCAAGUAACACAUUAGCAAAGGUCAUAUGAGAUUUUCUUAUCAAACAAUUAUCUUAUGUGAAUAAAAAGAAAUAUUUGAGAAAAUACUUUUAUACCUUAUUAAAAAAUGAGUGGAGGUAAAGGAAGAUGAAAAAAAGGGGACCAUGGCCUUGUUGUUAUAAAAAAAAAAAGGGACCAUAUUGCGUCCGACAUCUUUUUAUCCCAAUUAAUCUUUGAAUUAUUGGAUUCCCUUUUUUACCUUUUACUGGUCGAUUAUUGAUUCAAUGUAUAAUAGUCUAAUUGUAGCUGGAUAUCCAAAAAGGCAAAUACAAUAUGAGAUUUGUAAUAGCUAUAAUUGUCCAACAAUUCACAAAAAAAAAGUGUUGAUUACUGAAUAAAUUGCAAGUUAAUAUAACAUGUAAAUAAAUGAAGCAAGUAAUCCAAUUUUUUUUUUUAAACUAACGGUAGAUGGUAGCCUCUGCUAAGUUCAGCUCUGACACUGUCACUGAACUAUUCCCGCAAAAAAAAAAAAAAAAAAAAAAAAACAGAGAGGUGGCAAAAGAUGAAGUGGAAGUAAGAGAGACGGAAAGCAAAGAUAGUCACGAGAAUCAUUGGCAAACUCCUCUUUUAAAGAGAAGAAGAAGAAGAAGAAGAAAGAUUUGGCCUUUUUCUUUGAAGAGAGACCUCCUCUGCAAGAUCCUCGUGAUUCCCCUUUAACGCCUCCCUUCUUUAUAACAUCUCUCUGAAAAAUAUUCAAAGUAUCUUCUCCAAAGUUCACAUCUUUCUCAGCUAUGAACGGCGACGGAGUUUGGCUCGACCACGACGCCGGAGAACGUUCUCAGGCGGGCUAUAACGAUGAGCCUGUGCCGUGGGUUAGAAACCCAGAAGAAAACUGGUUUAAUAACUCACAACCACACGAUGAUUCUCAAAACGAGUUCAGAUUCAACGGUGGUGGGUUUCCUCUAAACCCUUCAGAGAAUCUGCUCCUCCUUCUUCAGCAAUCCAUUGACUCCUCUUCUCCCUUUCAACACUUCACACUCGACGCUACUACUCCUCAACAACAACAACAGCAACAAGAGUCUUUCUUAGCUACAAAAGCUUGCAUCGCUUCUCUCCUCACUGUUCCCACCACCACCAACAAAAACAACAACAACAACCCUUUUGAUGACUUCGGUUUCGACUCUCCGUUUUUAGGACAACUAAACCAGAUUCCAAACUCCAUGAGUUUCCCUGUAAUGACUUCACCACCACCGGACUUUCUCUCUUCCCGGUCAUGCAACGUGUUCAGCCCUCUGGAGUUCGAGGGCCUCGCGAGCGGCGUCUUCGAGAACAGAGCCAAGGUUCUGAAACCUUUGGAGAUUUUGCCUUCCUCUGGCUCUGAGCUGACGCUGUUCCAGAAACGAGCUGCAAUGCGUGAGAGUUCCAGUAGCAAAAUGUGCAACUCUGACUCUUCUUCCUCUGAGAUGAGGAGAGAGAUUGGUGAUGAGACUAGUCCUGGAAUCGUGGACAUCUUUAACUACGAGUCUGAUGAGCAUAACCACAACAAAGGGAAGAAGAAAGGGAUGCCUGCUAAGAAUCUAAUGGCUGAGAGAAGGAGGAGGAAGAAGCUUAAUGAUAGGCUUUACAUGCUCAGAUCAGUUGUCCCCAAGAUCAGCAAAAUGGAUAGAGCAUCGAUACUUGGUGAUGCAAUUGAUUAUCUUAAAGAGCUCUUACAGCGAAUCAACGAUCUUCAUACCGAACUUGAAUCUACUCCAUCAAGUUCUUCAGGCUUAACACCGUCACCACAAAUGCUACCUUACCGUGUUAAGGAAGAGUUGUGUCCGUCUUCCUCCUCCUUGCCAAGCGCUAAAGGCGAGCAAGCAAGAAUUGAGGUUAAGUUAAGGGAAGGAAAGGCAGUGAACAUUCACAUGUUCUGUGGAAGACGACCUGGUCUUUUACUUUCCACCAUGAGAGCUUUGGAUGACUUAGGAUUGGAUGUUCAACAGGCCGUGAUUAGCUGUUUCAACGGUUUUGCUUUGGAUGUUUUCCGCGCUGAGGUAAACAUACAAUGCCAAGAAGGUCACGAGGUGUUUCCUGAACAAAUCAAAGCAGUGCUUCUAGACACAGCUGGUUACUCUGGUUUGCUUUGAUUCCAAUUCCUUUGCGGAACAGAAGGAAGCAUCUAUGAAGCAAAGCUAGAGGUCUAUAAGCCUUUAAUUAACUAGUCAGCAAUUUUCUUACAGUUAGUUUCAUUUCAUCAGUCGUAAUCUUGUAUUGCAGAUGAUAGUUAUUAAUUUAAUCUGGCUUUGACAAAAAAAACAUGUGUUUGUGCAUGCAUCAGUUCAACCUUUUCAUACUCGUUGCAUAAAAUAAACUAUUUCACAUGUAACCAAAAUAACAAACUAGAGAUUUUAUUUUU